UUCACACCAUGAGUUUUUCUUUUUCUUCAGGAAAACCAAUGAAUAGAAAAUGGAAAAUAACAACCAAACAUUAACAGGCUUCCUUUUAUUGGGGUUGUUUCCACCAUCAAGAAUUGGGUUGUUUAUUUUCAUUCUCAUUGUUAUCAUUUUCCUAAUGGCUCUUUUUGGAAACCUGUCCAUGUUUCUCCUCAUCCUCCUGGACGUCCAUCUCCACACACCCAUGUAUUUUCUACUUAGUCAGCUCUCCCUCAUGGACCUGAACUACAUCUCCACCAUCGUCCCCAAGAUGGCAUCCAAUUAUCUCUUUGGAAACAAGUCUAUCUCCUUUAUUGAGUGUGGGGUACAGAGCUUCUUCUUCUUGACUUUAGCAGGUGCAGAAGGGUUACUAUUGGCCUCUAUGGCCUAUGAUCGCUAUUUGGCUAUUUGCUUUCCUCUUCAUUAUCCCAUUCGUAUGAGCAAAAAAGUGUGUGUGUUGAUGAUAACAGGAUCUUGGAUAAUGGGCUCAAUCAACUCCUGUGCCCACACUGUAUAUGCCCUCCAUAUCCCUUAUUGUCGAUCCAGGUCCAUCAACCAUUUCUUCUGUGAUGUGCCAGCCAUGUUGACUCUGGCUUGCAUGGACACCUGGGUCUAUGAGUACACAGUGUUUGUGAGCACCACACUUUUGAUUGCAUUUCCUUUCAUCGGCAUUGCAUGUUCUUAUGGCCGAGUUCUCCAUGCCAUCUGUCACAUGCACUCAACAGAAGGGAGGAAGAAGGCCUAUUCCACCUGUAGCACACACCUCACUGUGGUGACUUUCUACUAUGCACCCUUUGCUUACACUUAUCUACGCCCAAGAUCGCUGAGAUCUCCAACAGAGGACAAGAUUCUCGCUGUCUUCUACACCAUCCUGACCCCAAUGCUCAACCCUAUCAUUUAUAGCCUGAGAAACAAGGAGGUGAUGGGAGCCCUAAGAAGAGUGAUUCAGAGGAUCUGCUCUGUAUAA